UCAGAGCUGCCACGUGACUACGAGUCUAUCUUUUUCUUUCCCUGUUAACGGCGUUGCUGCGUGUCACUACUAAAACGAAAGAAUGCACUAAAUCGUUGUGGUUAUAGGGAUUGGUAACCCAGCAACCCAUAUGGGAAUUAAGACGUUUAUUAGCACAUUAUGUUGCAUACGGACAUUUCUUGUGCGUAAAGACGAUAUUUAAUAUUUAAACAAAAACACUCAAGUGACGCAGAUUUCAAAUGCAAAUUAAUUUAUAAACUAAGGCGUACGUUGCUAUGACAACCCAGUGGGCCCAAUCCCGGAAGUGACGUCACGCGCGCGGUAAAGUAGAUUUGCUGGCUGCGACUGAUGGGAGGAAUAGAGUGAGAGGAGUUCCCGACUAGAUUACUGUGAUGAGUGAGAGUUGGAGCGGAGGAGGAGGAGGAAGUCAAGGAUGGAGAGGACGUAAUCACAGCCCAGGAGGAUGGCGAGGAAGAGGAAACCACAGCUCAGGGGGCUGGAGAGGUCGUCCCUGGAGAGGAAGGGGACAUGGAGGAAACUGGAAUAAAAGUACUGGAAGAGAUUCUAACUGUUUUGCAAAUGCCAAGCAUCAAUUAUCUCAGAGCACGUUGGAUAAAUACAUUCCGUACAAGGGCUGGAAGCUUUAUUUCUCUGAAGCAUACAGUGACAGUUCACCGUUCCUGGUGAAGGUUCAAGCAUUUGAGAAGUUUUUCAAUAGGCAAAUCGAACUGUACAAUAAGGAUGAAAUUGAGAGAAAGGGAAGCAUACUUGUGGAUUACAAGGAGCUCUUGCAGGAUAAUGAGCUCACAGCAUGUCUAUCGCUGUCUACAGAAUUAAGGGAAAUGCCUGAAAAAAUACUGGAUUGUAUGGGACUAGCAAUUCACCAGGUAUUAACAAAAGAUCUUGAAAGACAUGCAGUUGAAUUACAGGAGCAAGAAGGUCUUCCCACAGAUGAAGCACCCAUUGUUAAUGUGCCACACAUUCAUGCAAGGGUGUAUAACUACGACCCGCUAACCCCUCUCAAAAAUCUCCGAGCUAAUUUAUAUGGCAAAUACGUUGCUGUGCGCGGCACUGUGGUGCGCGUGAGUAACAUAAAGCCGCUGUGCAUCAAAAUGGCAUUUUCUUGCAACAUGUGCGGGGAUGUGCAAAGUGUUCCCCUGCCGGAUGGAAAGUAUACUGUCCCGACAAAGUGCCCCGUGCCAGAAUGCCGCGGGCGAUCGUUCACUGCAAAUAGAAGCUCUCCGUUAACCGUAACAGUGGACUGGCAGGCUAUCAAAGUCCAGGAACUUAUGUCUGACGAUCAGCGAGAGGCGGGUAGAAUUCCAAGAACAGUGGAGUGUGAAUUAAUUCAGGAUCUGGUAGACAGCUGCGUCCCCGGAGACAUGGUGACAAUAACAGGAACUGUUAAAGUGUCAAAUGCUAGAGAUGGAGGAUAUAAAAAUAAAAAUAAUAAGUGCAUGUUUUUGCUGUACAUUGAGGCAAAUUCUGUCAGUAAUAGCAAAGGUCAGAAACGCAAGGACUCGGACGAGACUGUAAAUAAUGGAGCCUCUAUGGAUUUCUCACUGAAAGACCUGUACGCAAUCCAGGAAAUACAAGCCGAAGAAAAUCUGAUGAAACUAAUUGUGAACUCUCUUUGCCCAACAAUAUAUGGCCAUGAGGUUGUCAAAGCGGGUCUAUCAUUAGCAUUGUUUGGAGGGUGCCAAAAAUACGUGGAUGACAAAAACAGGAUUCCCGUCAGAGGAGAUCCACACAUACUGGUUGUUGGAGAUCCUGGUUUAGGGAAAAGCCAAAUGUUGCAAGCGGUGUGUAACGUUGCGCCGCGUGGUGUUUACGUUUGCGGAAACACUACAACUACCUCUGGGUUAACGGUUACACUAUCCAGGGACAGCGCGACUGGAGACUUUGGUUUGGAGGCCGGGGCUCUUAUUCUUGGAGAUCAAGGCAUAUGUGGAAUAGAUGAGUUUGAUAAGAUGGGUAAUCAGCAUCAGGCUCUACUAGAAGCAAUGGAGCAGCAGAGCAUUAGUCUCGCCAAGGCUGGCAUUGUCUGCAGUUUGCCCGCACGAACGUCCAUCAUUGCAGCCGCAAACCCAGUCGGAGGACAUUAUAACAAAGGCAAGACGGUGUCAGAGAAUUUAAAAAUGGGAAGUGCUUUACUGUCACGAUUUGACUUGGUGUUCAUCCUGCUUGAUACUCCGAAUGAAGACCAUGAUCACUUGCUCUCGGAACAUGUAAUGGCCAUGAGAGGCGGCACCAAGGAAAUAUUACGGGGAGCAAAUGUUAUGCGCACAAAUGCCCAAGAUUCCAACACCUCCAUCUUAGAAGUACCAUCCGAAAGGCCUUUAAAGGAAAGAUUAAAGCUCUGUCCUGGAGAACAUUUGGAUGCUAUACCACACCAGCUAUUACGAAAGUAUAUUGGAUAUGCGCGACAAUAUGUACAUCCACAGUUAUCUUCAGAUGCGGCGAAGGUUCUACAAGAUUUUUACCUUGAACUGAGGAAGCAAAACCAAGGCAUAGACAGCACCCCCAUUACCACCCGACAACUGGAGUCUUUAAUCCGGCUGACAGAGGCACGAGCAAGACUAGAAUUAAAAGAAGAGGCUACUAAAGAGUAUGCUGAAGAUGUUGUUGAAAUCAUGAAAUACAGCCUGUUGGGAACAUACUCAGAUGAGUUCGGGAAGCUGGACUUCAAUCGAUCUCAGCAUGGCUCAGGAAUGAGUAAUCGAUCGAAGGCCAAGAAAUUUGUUUCUGCACUUAAUCGGAUUGCGGAAAGAACCUACAAUAAUCUCUUUGAGUUUCAACAACUUCGACAAAUCGCAAAGGAAGUCCAAAUACAGGUUUCUGACUUUGAAAGUUUUGUUGGCUCCUUAAAUGAUCAGGGCUACCUUUUGAAAAAAGGUCCUAAGGUUUAUCAACUUCAAACUAUGUAGCUUUUGGUGUGAAAAGCAACAUGGAGCACAGAACAUACACGGUGUUUAUUUGUAUAGUUUGUGAAGACUGUAAAUAAAAAGGACCUUUAAUUAGUUUUUA